CGGCGGCGGCUCCGCUCCGCACUGCCCGGCGCCUCCUCACCAUGGACGCGCGCGGGGGCGGCGGGCGGCCCGGGGAGAGCCCGGGCGCGACCCCCACUCCGGGGCCGCCGCCGCCACUGCCACCCGCGCCCCCACAGCAGCAGCAGCCGCCGCCGCCGCCGCCGCCUCCCGCGCCCCCUCCUGGCUCCGGGCCCGCGCCCCUCCAGCAGCCUCCCCGUACUGAGGCGGCGCCCCCGGAGGCGGCGGACGAGGGCGGCCCUCGGGCCCGGCUCCGAAGCCGCGACAGCUCUUGCGGCCGUCCGGGCACUCCGGGUGCUGCGAGCACGGCCAAGGGCAGCCCGAACGGUGAGUGCGGGCGCGGCGAGCCGCAGUGCAGCCCCGCGGGGCCCGAGGGCCCGGCGCGGGGGCCCAAGGUGUCGUUCUCAUGCCGCGGGGCAGCCGCGGGCCCCGGGUCGGGCCCGGCCCCGGGGCCCGGCUCGGCAGACGAGGCGUGCAGCGAGGAGGCGGGCCCGGCAGGAGAGCCUCGCGGCAGCCAGGCCAGCUUCAUGCAGCGCCAGUUCGGCGCGCUCCUGCAGCCGGGCGUCAACAAGUUCUCGCUGCGGAUGUUUGGCAGUCAGAAGGCCGUGGAGCGCGAGCAGGAGCGCGUCAAGUCGGCCGGGGCCUGGAUCAUCCACCCGUACAGUGACUUCAGAAACUCCUCGGCCCCUGGCAACCACAAACCCACUUCCUGUCUCUGUGGAUGUGCCUGUUCCGGACAUUUCAUGUUCUACUGGGACUUCACCAUGCUGCUUUUCAUGGUGGGAAACCUCAUCAUCAUCCCAGUGGGCAUCACCUUCUUCAAGGACGAGACCACGGCCCCAUGGAUUGUGUUUAACGUGGUCUCGGACACGUUCUUCCUCAUGGACCUGGUGCUGAACUUCCGCACGGGCAUUGUGAUCGAGGACAACACGGAGAUCAUCCUGGACCCCGAGAAGAUCAAGAAAAAAUACCUGCGCACAUGGUUCGUGGUGGACUUCGUGUCCUCCAUUCCUGUGGACUAUAUCUUCCUCAUCGUGGAGAAAGGCAUCGACUCCGAGGUCUACAAGACAGCACGAGCUCUGCGCAUUGUGCGCUUCACCAAGAUCCUCAGCCUGCUGCGGCUGCUUCGCCUGUCCCGUCUCAUCCGCUACAUUCACCAGUGGGAGGAGAUUUUCCACAUGACCUACGACCUGGCCAGUGCGGUCAUGCGCAUCUGCAACCUCAUCAGCAUGAUGCUGCUGCUGUGCCACUGGGACGGCUGCCUGCAGUUCCUGGUGCCCAUGCUGCAAGACUUCCCUCGCAACUGCUGGGUGUCGAUCAACGGCAUGGUGAAUCACUCGUGGAGCGAGCUCUACUCCUUUGCGCUCUUCAAGGCCAUGAGCCACAUGCUCUGCAUCGGGUAUGGUCGGCAGGCGCCUGAGAGCAUGACUGACAUCUGGCUGACGAUGCUAAGUAUGAUUGUGGGAGCCACCUGCUAUGCCAUGUUCAUCGGACAUGCCACUGCCCUGAUCCAGUCACUGGACUCCUCGAGGCGCCAGUACCAGGAAAAGUACAAGCAGGUGGAGCAGUACAUGUCCUUCCACAAGUUGCCUGCCGACUUCCGACAGAAAAUCCACGACUACUACGAGCACCGCUACCAGGGCAAGAUGUUCGAUGAGGACAGCAUCCUGGGCGAGCUCAACGGGCCCCUGCGGGAGGAGAUUGUGAACUUCAACUGCCGGAAGCUGGUGGCCUCAAUGCCACUGUUUGCCAAUGCUGACCCCAACUUCGUCACAGCCAUGCUGACCAAACUCAAGUUUGAGGUCUUCCAGCCAGGUGACUACAUCAUCCGUGAGGGUACCAUUGGCAAGAAGAUGUACUUCAUACAGCAUGGUGUGGUCAGCGUGCUCACCAAAGGCAACAAGGAGAUGAAGCUAUCCGAUGGCUCCUAUUUUGGGGAGAUCUGCCUGCUAACACGGGGCCGACGCACAGCGAGUGUGCGGGCUGACACCUACUGCCGCCUCUACUCACUGAGUGUGGACCACUUCAAUGAGGUGCUGGAGGAGUACCCCAUGAUGCGGCGGGCCUUUGAGACUGUCGCCAUUGACCGCUUGGACCGCAUUGGCAAGAAGAACUCGAUCCUGCUGCACAAGGUGCAACAUGACCUCAACUCAGGCGUGUUCAACAACCAGGAGAAUGCCAUCAUCCAGGAGAUCGUCAAGUAUGACCGUGAGAUGGUGCAGCAGGCUGAGCUGGGCCAACGUGUCGGCCUCUUCCCACCACCACCCCAGCCACAGGUCACCUCAGCCAUCGCCACGCUGCAGCAGGCCGUGGCCAUGAGCUUCUGCCCGCAGGUGGCACGCCCGCUAGUGGGGCCACUAGCUCUCGGCUCACCGCGCCUUGUGCGCCGCCUGCCCCCAGGGCCUGCACCCAAUGCCACUGCCUCCCCGGGGCACGUGCCAGCUGCCAGUCCCCCAGGCGCACCCGCCAGUCCCCGGGCACCACGGACUUCGCCUUAUGGCGGCGCACCCUGCUCUCCAGCUGCACCCCGUGCUGGGCCCGCACUUCCAGCGCGCCGCUUGAGCCGCGCCUCGCGCCCGCUGUCCGCCUCACAGCCCUCGCUGCCCUAUGGCGGUCCUGGCCCUGGCCCUGGCCCUGCGGUCUCCACACGUCCAGCCAGCAGCUCCACACCGCGCCUGGGGCCCACACCCGCCACCAGGGCAGCCGGACCCAGCCCAGACCGCAGGGACUCGGCCUUGCCCAGCGCCACAGGAGGCCUUGACCCGCCUGACUCGGCGCGUUCGCGCCUCUCUUCCAACUUGUGACCCUCGCUGCACCGCCCCGUGGGCCUGGGUGGGCCAGGGGCGGGGCCUUCAUCCAAACCAAAGCCAUGCCAUUGCGCGCUGCCCCGGCCACCCACCCCAGAAGCCAUAGAGGAGACGUAGGUAGUUGUAGUCAAGACAGGCGGGCUCCUGCUGUCCCCCAUCACCUUGCGCCCACCCACAUCGCCCCCCGCCCCCGCCCCCUUGGCGGUGGCCUCGCGGGCCUGCGAGGGGGCUCCCUUCACCUCGGUGCCUCAGUUCCCCCAACUGUGAAACAGGGAGGGAGCCACCCCGUGGCCGAGAGAUGGCUGUGGACUUCCGCCUGCCCCCACCCUCACAGGUGGCCCGCCGUCCGAUGAGGAUUCUGUUUAAGUGCAAUACUUGGCCUGCCAGCUUCCUGCUGCCCCCACUGCACUCACGCAAUAACCGGCCCCGCCCCUCUCCGCGUGUGCCCCAUGGUGACCUCCUGGAGCGGGCACAAGCAGCAUCCUCCAGCACAGGGCACCCAGGGGCUGGCGGUAUGGGCCACACCUGGGCAUGGGGGUGAGGAUGGGGAAUCCCCGCCUUUGAGACGAAUGUACUGACAAGCCGAGGCAGCAAUGUCCCCACCACACCCCCACACCCCACUAACUUCCACAACCCCAUUCCACGCAAUAAACAACAGCAUUGG